UUAUUAUUAUUAUUAUUAUUAUUCAGAUAAGUAAUGACCGAUUACAUAAUUAAUCCUGUUAAUGAUGAUGAGGAAUAAUGAUAGUGAAAAAAGUUCUUGAUCAAUUUAUGUAUAAAUAUUCAUUAUAUAAUUAAAGUAGAAUGAUAAUUAACCAGUAACUAUGAAAUCAUUAUGUAUAUUAUGUUUACUUAUUUCAUUAGUAUUCUGUACGGAUAAUGUAAUGGAAGAUUCUACACAACAGUUACAAGUUCAAAAGUAUAAUAGAAGAGGAAGUCAACCGAACAUUUUCCAGUGCAUUACUUGUAAAAGUGGUACUGGAAAAGUUUUAGGUAUGAUUUUAAGUCCAUCAACAAACAAGUCUAUCAAUGAAAUAACCGAAACACUUUGUAUGGAAACAGGUCCAUUUAAUACUUCCUGUAGAAUGUUUGCAAAUGAACUUUCAUCACAGGUCUUUUAUCUUUUCCGUCAUAUAGUACCACAAAAAUGGUGUGCUUUUCUCGGUUUCUGUUCUUACCCACCUAUUGUACCUGUUUGUAAAUGUUGUCUUAAUACUGGACAAGUGAUAAAAUCAAUGUUAAUGUCGGAGCCUUUCCUAUCAGAAUUAUACAAUAACACAUUAACUAUGUGUGAUAAAUUACCCAAAUUAUCUAUCAUAUGCAAUGCACUUCUACAUGAUAUUUUCAUGGCUAUAACCUUAAGCUUCAGUGAACAAUUUGUAGUUUAUCGACUUUGUAAGGUAAUGAUACGUUAAUUUAAUACUUUAUAUGAAGUUAUUUACUUAAUUGCAAUUUCAUUGAUACUAUCUAACACAUAUGAAACUGUUUUUCUCAUUGAAGACUAUACUUAUGAAUGCAUGCGUUUACCGACAACCUUCAAAUUGCUUAUCAAUGGACAAGAUAAUAUUUGAAGUAUUGAUCACGUUUGAUUCUAGAGAAAUGUAGAUCCCAAAUAACCUUGUGUGUGAAAUAAUGGUGGAUUUUGCUGAAAAUUUCAAAAUGUCUAUAUGAAUAUCAGCUACCAAACAAAAAACAUUUAUAUUACAUGAUGUUAUUCGCACAAAUUAAAUAUACUAUUGGAAUAUUC